CGGAGAAGAGGGAGUUAACGUGCGGGGUCGCGCGCACAGCUGCGUGCGAGGGCCCGCCGCAUCGCUGCCUUUUGUUUACGCUCAAACAUGCGCGAGCUGUAGCAUAAGAGCCACGUAGCGCGCGAGGGAACCACGUGAAGCACGUCGAGGGGGCGUUUGCACACCGUUGCGCUGAUAAUGAUCCUGUGGAUGUUGCUCAGUGCUGCUCUCUCUGCUGAUUACUCCUUUGCAGUAAUGGAUGAGGAGCAGAAGGUUGUGUGUUCGGGGAAGGAUUUUAGCCUCCCUGUUCAGUCGAGACUGAGAGUGGUGCUCUUCAGUCCGAGGUUUUCUCCAGGGUCUACAAGAGUGGUGCUGGAGAACAACAAGGUGAUGGACCCCAGGUAUGAGUGGACAGGUGACAAGAUGUUAUUGUUAAAGGAAGUGACAGAAAGAGACCAGGGCCUCUUUAAACUGAAGAUGUCAUCUGGAACCAUCUACAGGAAGAUUCGGCUCACUGUUGUAGACUGCAUCAAGAGCUUCAGCCUCUUCUAUGGCGAUGACUUCAAGAUUGACAUUUCCCAUGGAGGCGCUGUGAUUGAGUUCUCCCCCGAGGGAUCCCAAUCGUUUCCUCAGUCGCUCAUCCUGUGGAACAGCUCGGUGCCUUGGGAGAGCCAGCGGGGGAGGGGAAGCGUCAAGGGCGGACACUGGAUCCUGGAAGGAGUGACUCAGGCGGACCAGGGGAACUACACUCUGAGAGACGGGAGCAGGCAGCUUCUGUCGACGGUCCGUCUGAAUGUUGGAGAGCAUUCCUUCAGUUUCACUUACUUCACUGGUGAAUCUCUUAUCCUCCCUCUGUUCCUGCCUUUCUCUAAAGCCCACCUAUCCUUUAUCCCUUCCUCUACCUCAUCGCACUCCUUCGCUGGGCACCGCGCCACCGUCCUGCUGGUGCGAGACGGACAGGUCGUCACAAAGGAGGAGCGGUACAAAGGGCAGCUGACAUUAGCCCAGGUCGAUGAUGCCAACGAGAUUGUUAUCGCGCAGCUGAGGCUUGAAGACAGUGGGGUGUAUGAGAUUCGAGACAGGGAGGGAAACCUUGUGUCCUCCACCUGGCUGGAGGUUGUUAAAAAGCCAAAGUGGAAAGCAAAUUUUAAGUCCAUAGCAGCCCCAUUAAGUGGGUUUGGGUUUGUGGCCCUCAUCAUUUACUUCAAGAAAAAGUAUUCCUCGUGGAAUAUGAAGAACAGAAAUGCUCAAAGGAAUCAGAAUAUGACAGCCUUCAGUCCUCAUGUAUACAAUGAGGCCUACAGUCAUCCAAACCCAGAGAGUUUACCAGGUCAACCACAGUGGAGCGAACCACUUGUUAACUGGAGCAAUGGUUCUAUGAAUGCAGCCUACACUCCUGUGCUCAGUGGUGCGUAUGGACCUCCAGCCGCAACAGAGGUAGAAGAAGAGAGUGCAAGUAGAAGUGAGACUGGCACCACUACACUCGUUUCUCGCACUGAAGAGACGGAGAGAGAGAGGACGACGACGACGAUGACGACGUCCAUUACUCUUCCGGUGAACUCCGACUGUUUACACUCCUCCGACUCAUGUGCCCAGUUCCAGAUUGAAAAAGAGGAGAAGGAGCCAGGGAAGGAAGGGAAAGAGUACUUUUCUGCACUGCCGCUCAACACAGAUACAUCUCAGAGCUGCAGUGUGUACACUUCUGACAAGCUGAACUUUUUAUAGGAGAUGAGAACUCGAGGAAGUCAAGGGG